AGGCGACAGAUGUCACAGCGUCAUGGAGGCACGCAGUAAUGCCGCAUUGUGUCCUGCUGGUCUCUUUUCACACUGCGUUCAAGCUCGAUAGUCGAAAAGUUUUGUUUUGUAACUAAUGUGACAACCUGCAGGAUUGUUACUUGAAAUAUUCUGGAAAUGUCCAAGACGCGAGAGGUGCUCCUUGUAGGGGAAGGCAACUUCUCUUUCUCGGCGGCUUUGAGCGAGACCGGGGGCGAUGAUGUCGGAGUGACCGCCACAUGCUUUCAAAGCGAGAACGAAACAUACAGACAGGAGGGAGUCGCGUUAAAUGUACAGAGACUUCGCGAGAGAGGAUCAGUUGUUCUGUUUGAAGUGGACUGCACAUGUCUGAAGGAGCACGAAGCCCUCCAGGAUCAUCUUUUUGACUGCGUCAUCUUUAAUUUCCCUCACUGUGGGCGUAAAAGUGGUGUAAAGAAGAACCGCGUCCUGUUGAUGAAAUUUUUUCUAAGUGCUGUUGCAGUGCUGAAGGACAAUGGGGAAGUGCACGUCACCUUGUGCAAUGGGCAAGGAGGCACUCCAUGUGACAGUCCAAUGAGAGAAUGGCACAAUAGUUGGCAGGUGGUUGCCAUGGCAGCAGAAGCAGGGCUAAUUCUAAGAGAAAUCCGUCCCUUUGAAUGUGAAAUGUAUCAAGGUUACAGAUGUACUGGUUACAGGAGUCAAGACAAAGGUUUUCAUGUUGAGGGAGCCCUGACUCACAUCUUCACUUCGAGUCUCCCGCACACUAUGCCAGAGAAACUAAAAAUGGAGAAAACGGUUGGGAAGGAGACUGUUUGUUUUGAGCUUCCGGCGGAGUUAAGUAAUUAUAUUAAUAGGAACUUCCUUGGCCAGCAGUCACAUCACCCAGUUAAAACUGUCCAAGAACAGUUACAUAGAGAGCUAAAGUCAGUCUGGCCUGUGUGCACUAUAAAUGAAGACUUCCCAGAAUUGGUAUACUGCUUACCAGAAAUGCUUGAGGCGUGCGAUCCCACACUGACCCAUUCUGAAGUCUACUGGAUUAAGCCCACCGACACUUAUGUAUUCGACCAAAGUGAAACGAAGCAAAAUGACUGCGAGUCUACAGAUGACCAACAAAGCUUUACUGGCAGCUAUGCACUACGACCGUCUCUGUUGCUGCAUGUUCAGGAGAUCACGCAGAAUGAGGACUUCAGCCCUGGUACACUUUACGCAGUCAGUGGCCUGGUCUUUCAGAGAGUGCCCAUUUGUCCAAUUCGUUCUCCUGCGUUCCACCAGCUUCUGUUGGUGGGAAUGUUCCCUGUAGAAUCCCAUCCUCUCCGGUGCUUCCAAGAUAGUUUGGAGUCGCUGCUUAUUCCUUACGAUGUUUCCUUUGAGGAGGUGCAAACAGGCUUAGAGCAGCAAGUGUGGAUCAAUUCCAAGAUGCUUCCCAAGUUUGGUAGGAUCACAUAUUUACCCUCGAUUUCUUCAGCUGUCGAUGAAGGAUUACAGCUAGUUGCUGUCUCUGUAAACUUGGAUCAUUUAGCAACCUUAAUUUUCGGUAUAUCUGACUGGCGCUUGCUUUGGAGUGCAGAUCCCCGCUUUCUUAAGCAUUUUGAGCUCAGUCCAUCUGGACCGUUCAGCCCUUUCUCCCUUUACCCACCAAGUUAUUUGCACGAUAUCAGUUUCUGGAUGGACCCAGAAAACUAUGAUGAACUGGACUUCCAUGCAAUUGUGCGAGAAGCUUCUUGUGGUGUGGUUAAAAACGUGGCAUUAGUAGAUCGCUUCAGACACCCACACAUGGGUCACGCAAGCCUUUGCUACAGGCUGACGUAUCAGUCGUCAGAUCGCGCACUUUCAAACAGCCAGGUCUUAGCACUACAGAAUCAGCUACGGAGACUGUUAGCCUUGCGCAUGCAGGUCACCCUGAGGUGA